AUGAGUGGAAAAGGACUAACUGAUGCUGAACCUAAACAACUCUUAUAUGAAAGUAGUGAUAUUGAAGUGAAAGAUAAUAUUGAGAUCAUAGAAAAAUUUACAGAUAAUCAAAAACUCACUAGCUCAAAACGAAUGAGAUAUGGCGACCCAAAUUAUGAGAAUACUCCUCGAAGGUGGUGCGAAGAAAUUGGCAGCAACAAUAGUGACAUAUCAAAAUGUGAUGAGAAUUUAGCUGUAGAGACUGAUCAUGGCUCAGAAUCCGAAUUUAAUUGUAACAAAUAUUUUAAAAUAAUAUCAGCUUGUGUGAACCUGUGUGGUGAAGAGACUGAGAGCGAAGAAAAUGAUAGUGAAAAAAGUGAAGAGCAUGUACUUGAACGAAACUUAAAUUUUUAUUUUGGAAAAAACCGGUUCAACUGGACCAAGAAACCUUUGACUUAA